AAAAAAAACAUCACCACAAAUUGAUUAACCUAAUUAAAGUAGAGGUCACUGAUUAGGAAGUGAAAAUAUGAUGAUCGGUUGCUAAGGAUUGUUUAAUCAAUUUAAUGAUUCUCAAGGACAAACUAUAUUUACUUCGGUUCAUACAUCUUUUACUCCAUUAUCCAAAUCAGGUGAAGUUUUACUUUUAUUUGAUUACUUAUUUAGCUCUUGCAAUGAAUGAUACAGAAAUCGAGAAUUUGAAAACUGAAUUGGAACACGAAAAAACUUGCAGGGAAUCAGCAGCUUGGCAAAAUGGUGAAUUAGAGAAACAGAUAGUGCAUAUCCAAGACGAACUGCGCAAGAAUGAUUAUCCGUGGGAUUCCGAUCUCGAUUUGCAGAAGGAAAGCCUCAAACACAAACAGUUACUUGAAGCAAUCGACACUUUGAAGGAACAAUUGCCCAUUCUGAAAGAUAAAAUAAAGGGUGCAAAGAUCUGUGGACCAGAUUGCAAAUUAAAACACGACGAUCUUAACAUCAACUUGGACAUACUUACACCAGCUGAAUUACUGCGCACUGUAAAACGGUUUGAGAGACUCAAAACUGAUCUUAUAAGUACCUUACGGAGUAAGGAGUGGCGUUUGGAUUCGGAGUCGAAGUUGUUCGUAAGAGUCAACGACCAAAGGACGUACUUGCAGAAUGAACUCAUGAUAUGCCAGAACAACAUCAUGCGCCUUCAGAGGAAUGGAUCUUACUGGCAGCACGUUCCUCGUAAGAACGACGAGAGAGUGUUGGAUCCGAAGCGAGGACCUAUAAGGAAGAUAUUUGGGAACGAGCGUUUACCACCGAUCAUAACAUAAGUCACUUAAGUUACAAAAUUAUUGUAUUGAGUAAUAAAUAAAUGUAGCCCACAAAAUAACAGGACAGCGGUUUUGCAACAAUC